AUGCAUCUCGACGACAGCGCGUCCGAAGAACUCAAGGCUUGGGUCGUCAAGCGUCUAGAGGACAUCUCGGAUGCAGACUCGGACGUUCUCGCCGACUAUGUCAUCGCUCUGAUCAAGUCCGACGAGUCUGACGACCAAGUCAAGCAAAACUGUCAAGACAACUUGCUCGACUUUUUGCACGACAGCACUACCCAGUUUGUUAACGACGUCUUCGCCCACCUCUCCAAUUCCGAUUCCAAGCCCCUGCAGCCCACCGCGACCGCUUUCCAACCUACUGCCCCUGCUUUCCAGCCUAGCGAACCCGCCUUCAACCCUCCCUCAGGCCCCUCAAAGAAGCGCGACUUCAACGAUAGCAAUGCAUUCGAUGGCCACGCUCAAGGCUACCAGCAAGAUCGUCCCAUGAAGCAAAUGCGACGGGGCGGACGUGGUGGUCAAAGAGGAGGUUUCAUGGGACAAAUGCCUGCCGCCUCUCAGUCUCUGCCUCCGUUCGACCCAAACAACCCAAUGGCCGCUCUCAUGGCAAUGCAGCAGGCUAUGGGUCUACCUGUCAUGCCCGGUAUGCCUGGAAUGCCACAAAUGCCCUUCCCUGCCUCGCCUGGUGCUUUUGGCAACUCUGCGCAAACCCCGCGCUCUGGACAGAGAUGUCACGACUACGACACAAAAGGUUUUUGCGCGCUUGGUGCUUCGUGUCCCCACGAGCACGGCAACGAUCCUGUUCUGGUGCCUCAGCAGCAAGCAGACGAGUACGAUCCUACAAACGCUUCGAUAUCCCAAGGCCGUCCGUUCUCCGAUAGAGGUCGUGGCCGUGGGCGCGGCAGAGGCGAUAGAGGUGCUUUCCGCGGUGGUCGUGGAGGUCGCGCCGAUUUUUCGUCUGCUGGUCCAAACCACGAUCGCUCUAUUACACAGGUUGUUGUUGAACAGAUCCCCGAGGAGAACUUUAACGAGCAAUCUGUCCGCGACUUCUUUUCCGAAUUUGGAACCAUCGAGUCGGUCGAGUUGCAGAAUUACAAGCGUCUAGCCAUCAUCAAGUUUGAGGACUACGAUAGUGCGAAGAAGGCAUACGAUAGUCCCAAGGUCAUUUUCGAUAACAGAUUCGUCAAAGUUUACUGGUACAAGCCCGAAAGAAUGCAACGGGAGCGCCACCAGAAUGGCUUCGGUCAGAGCGAAGGUGAUGUCGACAUGCAAGAAGAGGAAAAGAUUGAUCCUGUCGAGUUCGCCAAGAAGCAGGAAGAAGCACAACGGGCCCAUGAAGAGAAGCAAAAGAAGAUCAACGAGGCAGAGGCACAGCGACAAGAACUGGAGCAGAAGAUGAAGGCACAGGCUGAAGAGCGCAGCAAACUGCUCGCCAAACUCGCUGCUAAAGAGAGAGGAAAGUCAGGUACUCCGGAUCAAGCUGCUGCUACCGGUCAGAAUGGCGCCGCUAAUGGUGCUGAUGGCAAUGGUACACCCUCGCAGACCGAUGCUUUGAAAGCCAAACUCGCAGAGUUGGAAAGAGAAGCUGUAAGCAUGGGCAUAAAUCCGAAUGAAGAUCAGCCAUGGCAAGGCUUCGCGCCGCGUGGUCGUGGUGGCUACAGAGGUCGCGGAGGCUUCCAGCCCCGAGGCGCAUGGCGAGGAGGAAGAGGUGGUUUUGCUCCUCGUGGAGGUGCUGUCAGAAGGCUAGACAACAGACCUAGAACUGUUGCAGUCGUCUUCCCGGAUAACGAGCAGAUGGACUCUCAAAAAGAUGAGGCGCUAAGGCAAUAUCUGCUAUUCAGCGAUCUCAUGGAGUCUACACAGAUCAGCCCUCAUCCCUCACGCUCAGACGCGGCUAUGCUGGCAUUCUCCGAGCGCUAUCAAGCUGAGAAGUUCCUCAAUCAUGGCUCUGACAUCCCUCAUCUUGGCAAGGUCGAGCUUUCGUGGAUGGCGAAUCCUGCUCCCAGCACUCCUGUCGCAUCCACCCAAACAGCCCCUGAGACGUCCAAGGACAUCAACAUGGACGAACCUCAAGACCUCGGACCUCCUAGACCGGCAGCCGAGAUGGAUUACGAUGUAGCCGACGAUGACGACAAUUGGUUGGUUGAAUAA